CCGCCUUUUCCUCUCAGCCGCCGCCAUGGGUCGGAUGCACGCUCCCGGAAAGGGCUUAUCCCAGUCCGCUCUACCGUACAGGCGCAGUGUGCCCACCUGGCUCAAGCUCACAUCUGAUGAUGUAAAGGAGCAGAUUUAUAAGCUGGCAAAGAAGGGUCUGACCCCUUCACAGAUUGGUGUCAUUCUUAGGGAUUCCCAUGGUGUGGCUCAGGUCCGUUUCGUUACUGGAAACAAGAUCCUGAGGAUCCUGAAGUCCAAGGGACUGGCUCCAGACCUUCCAGAGGAUCUGUACCAUUUGAUUAAGACGGCUGUGGCUGUCCGCAAACAUCUGGAGAGGAAUAGGAAGGAUAAAGAUGCAAAAUUCCGUCUGAUUCUCAUUGAGAGCAGAAUUCACAGACUGGCUCGUUAUUACAAGACCAAGAGAGUUCUUCCACCCAACUGGAAGUACGAAUCCUCCACAGCUUCAGCUCUUGUAGCAUAAGGAUUUUCUACAUUGAUGUACUGAAAGUGAAAAUAAAAUUGUCGAAUCUC